AUGGCCGAGUUGAAGGAGCAACCAAUCAGGAGAGAGCACGAUUCGAUGGAUGAUUUUGAGCAUCUUGAACACGUCCAGGAUGGGCAAUCAUCCCAUCUUGAAGCCGAGAAAGUAGACAAAAGUGCGAAGAACAAUUUCGAUAUGGAUCAAGAUAUGAUCAACUUUUCUUCAAAUCAGUCAUCAAACGAACCGGACGAUUCCAAGAAAGCGACAUUGUUGCUGUUAGAGUCGGAGAAAGGGAGACCGGUUGAGGAGAGCAACUUUGAGGUUAGAUCGAAGGAACCGGAGCUCGAUUUGUUGUCGGGCAAAAUAGAGGAUCAGUCGGAAAUUAUGAAGAUCGAGCCAAUUAAAAAGGAGGACGAUAAGCAAGAAGUUGCGGAGAAAGAAGAAGUUAAGGAGACCAAAGUUCCGAAUCGCGAGCCAGAAGUCGCUUUAUCCACUGAGAAAAAACUGGAUAAUUCGUGGAACAUCGUUGAUAAAUCUACAUCUGCCUCAGAGUCAAGCUCGAAAUCAGGGAGAAAAGAAGAAAGUGUAAGUGAGUAUGUGUUUACUGACGCAGAGAAAAAGGAACGGAUCAGUGCACCAGUGGAAACUGGAGAAUCGGAAUUUGAGUCUGAAGUGGAAGCAUCGCCGGCGAAGAGUUUCAAAUCAAUGAAACAAGAAAUAAGAAGACAACCAGUGGAAGAAGUGGAAAUUGCUCCAAAAGAGAUUUUCAGCAGCAUGGGAAUUGGUGAGUUAGACGCUUUAUAAUAAUAUAAAUAGUAACAUAAUCAAACUGACCUGUUAUCCGGUCAUCGUACAUAUGAAUAAAGCAUUAGUAUGUCAUAGUAUAUAUGCCAAUGAGAAAAAAAAGUAAGAGAAACGAAAGAGGAACGAAAAGUGUAAAAAAAGUACAAAUACAUUUAUGUUUAGUAUGAAAAAUAUUUCGUAAUCAACGGUUCUAAGAUGAUGUCUUCAUGACCUCCAAAGUCUCGAAAGCAUAAACGAUUAGUACGAAACGUUAAUUAAUUUAGCAUCUUUGCACGAAGUGAGCCACGCUUCCGCUUGGCUACAACGUUAUUACGUUUCUAUGCCAUAAUAAUAUAUGAUUAGUUAUUCUGGGUACAUUAUGUACCUUUUAAAGAUGUCUUUAUUCUUUUACUAGCUUCACAAGAGACAUCUGAAAUCCAAAUUUUCCAUCGUUUGUGAAUUUUUCUUAAUUUUACGAUAGCUUGAAAAGAUGAACAAAUAUUCAAAAUUCAAUACUAAGAAUUUAAGAAAUUACUAAUCACGAAUGUAUUACAAAAAUUGAAACAAGAAAUUAUAUAUUUUACGAAAAAAAUACUUCAAUUUUUUACGUGAUACUGUAACCACCUUUCAUUGCAUACGAUUACGUCAUUUGAAGACACUCAGAGUGUUGGUAUUUUAUUUAUCAUUAUUAUGACUUAGGCGUGAUACUAGCGUCUUUAUACUUAUAAUUACUUUGCAUAUAGUAUAAUGGUAAUUAAAGAUUUUGCGGUUGAAUUUUUAUGUAGUUUACAUAUAGAAUUUCAAUGGCUUUUUCACUACACAUAUUAACGUUUUAUUACAAGUAAUUUAGUAGAUUAACAUUAUUUUUUAUUUUACAAUUAUAAUUUUUUGUUAUAUUAUAGUAACAGUAAAUCAUAGUAGAAUAGAUUAAUGUUCUAUUAGCUAUUAAUAAUAUUUGUUAUAAAAUUGUUUCGAAUAAAAUGUUAAUCGCCAAAUAUCGAAUUAUCGAUUCAUACAUACAUACAUAUAUAUAUAUAUAUAUAUAUAUAUAUAGAUUUACAAUGUGUCAUUAAGAUAUUAUCUAUGAGCACAAGCGUCGAGUGACAUUUCGGUCGUGUUACAUUUUUAGCUUUUUUGCGUGGUAAUUGUUUUUUAUUUCAAAUAAUAAUAGUCUUCGAACACAGUGUCAUUUUCACGUUGAAUCUAAUUUUUAUUAAAAAAUGGAACAAUAUCACUGAGAGGUCAUUGGAGAAAAGAAAAUGAAAUGUUUUGUAUUGAAUUUUUGAUUUAUAUUUUCAUUUGAUAAAGAUAAAAGUUGAAUGGAAUUAUACAGAUGCUGCACCAUGGAAAAAGAGACGUAUACAUUUCGCGUGCAUGGUUUCUAUGCUGAAUCGAAGUAACCCGUAUCUCUUCUCUCCAUAUUGAUCCGUAGCAGGGAUACCCUACGACCUCUUUCGAUUGAACCAAUGGGAACAGCCAAGCUCAUGGGGAAAUAGUUUGCGAAAUAUAUUUUACAAAGUAAAUGUUGCAAAUAACAGAUACUACAUUUAACAUUAGGCAGUUUAAAUUUAUAGUGAAAUUAAAAGUAUUAAUAGAAAAUUAUUUUGUAUAGGCAGUUCUUUUAUGCCGAAAUGGCUUUUUCGUUCCUCCAGAAGGUAUUUUUACACAUGAUUUCAGAACGAAAAAUCUCACGCGCCUGACUCAUGA